CUUUCCAUUGGGUCUUUUGAUGGGUUUCCUUCGUUGAUUGGAAGGACAUUUGCACGAGGGGAGUUGGCUGAUCACCCAACAGAACGUGUUUGCUUCUUGCUUGUUGCGCCAGAAGCUGCUGCUGUGCGGAAUGGCUUUUAUUUUUACCCUUGCAUUAAUACGAUUUCCACAUUCUUUGUGUAGAAUUUGGAAGCUCCCCGCAUGGUCCUCGUAGGUGUUUUCACUUUUUCCAUUCAGCUUUCUACUGGCCUUGCUGUCUGCGCAAUUUUCUCCUCCUGCGGGCACAUGGAUGUACUUUUGUUGUUGUCGGGCGGAGAAGGUGUGACGCUUUUCGAGUCAUUCGAUUUUUUGCAAGUUAUCUGGCAGAGAAUGUUCCAAAAGAUGCAUGAUAUAUCCUUUGACUCUGUGGUGCCAUGAGCUUGUCAUAUGUCGAGACUCUACUGAGAACUGACACACAUUACUGAAUACAAUCCUUGGUGUUCACUGGGUGCAUCACUGGGUGCAUGCAUCGUUUACCAAUGGUUUUAUCCAAAUGCUUUGUGAGCAGUUUGGACUCUUCGGAAAUCGACGGGUCGUACCGCACCCGGUCGUCGGCUUAGUCGCGCGGAUCCUCAUUCGGAAUUCGGGUAAGCACGGAAGGCCAUCACGUGACUAGAAUAAUCGAUGAAUUGCCAAAAUGACUUUGACAAAAGUUUGGGCAAUUCCCAAAAAAAAGGUUUUGAGCAACAGAUUUGGCAGCAGCAAUGUUCCGCAUCGCGACAACGCUCUCUGUCCGGGCUGGUGUGCGCCCAGUGCACCCUCGCACAUUUUCAACUGCUUCGUCUCUGUUGCAACAGUACAGGGUCGAGAAGGACACUAUGGGUGAGCUCCAAGUUCCUGCGGACCGCUACUGGGGUGCUCAAACGCAGCGAUCCCUUCAAAACUUUGACAUUGGAGGUGAAACCGAACGCAUGCCGUACCCCGUCAUCAAAGCCUUUGCCAUCGUCAAAAAGGCUGCUGCAAAAGUGAAUUCCGAAACGCACUUGGACAAAAAGAUUGCAGAGGCAAUCGUUCAAGCCGCAGACGAAGUCAUUGCUGGGAAGCACAAGGACCACUUUCCUCUUGUUGUCUGGCAAACGGGUUCCGGUACCCAGACCAACAUGAAUGUGAACGAAGUCCUCUCCAACCGUGCGAUUGAGAUCUUGGGUGGCGAGCUCGGUAGCAAAAAGCCGGUUCACCCCAACGACCACGUCAACAAUGGUCAAUCCUCCAACGACACCUUCCCCACCGCCAUGCACGUCGCCGCCGUUAUUGAGAUUCACGAGCGAUUGAUCCCCGCCUUGGAGAAACUUGAAAAGGCCCUCCAAGCCAAGGUGGCCGAAUUCAAGGACAUUAUCAAGAUUGGCCGUACCCACUUGCAGGACGCAACUCCCUUGACCCUUGGCCAAGAGUUCUCUGGUUACGCUCAACAGGUCACGUAUGGUAUCGAGCGUGUCAAGAGUGCCCUUCCCCGUCUCUACAACCUUGCUCAAGGAGGUACCGCCGUCGGCACGGGUCUCAACACGAAGGCUGGUUUCGACGCCAAGGUGGCUGAGCAGAUUGCAAAGGAUACCGGCUUGCCCUUCAAGACGGCCCCUAACAAGUUUGAAGCCCUUGCUGCCCACGAUGCCAUUGUGGAGGCCAGUGGUGCCCUCAACACUAUUGCCGUAUCACUAAACAAGAUUGCCAACGAUAUCCGAUUGCUUGGAUCGGGUCCUCGUUGCGGUCUUGGCGAACUCCGUCUUCCCGAAAAUGAGCCUGGUUCAUCCAUCAUGCCCGGAAAGGUCAACCCCACGCAAUGCGAGGCCAUGACAAUGGUGUGCGCUCAGGUGAUUGGCAACCACACUGCUGUCACUGUCGCAGGAGCUCAAGGUCAUUUUGAGCUCAACGUCUUCAAACCCGUUCUCAUCCGCAACCUCCUCCACUCUGUCCGCCUCGUCGCUGACGCCUCCGUGUCCUUCACCGACAAGUGUGUCACUGGCAUUGAAGCCAACGAAGCCCGCAUUUCCUCCCUCCUCCACGAAUCCCUCAUGUUGGUUACGGCGUUGAACCCGUACAUUGGUUACGACAAUGCAGCCAAGGCGGCAAAGAAGGCUCACAAGGAGGGCACUACUUUGAAACAGGCUACUGUGUCCUUGGGUCUGUUGACUCCGGAAGAGUUUGACAAGUAUGUCAGGCCCGAACAGAUGAUUGGACCUAAAUGAUGAGACCCGGUUGGGUAACGUAGCACGGUAGAUAGCAUUUUUUUAUUUCGUAUUUUAUCAGCGCUCUAGAUUCUCUGUAGAAGUUUUCUCAUAACAUUAUUUGCAUCCCUUUUAUUUGGUUUGUUCUAUUACAAUGGGACCUGAUCUUGCGUUGGUCAACUUUUCGAUAACUUGGAAG